CAUUCCUCUCGCUUUGGGUUCCCGAGUCCUUCUCUCUCUGCCGUUUCUCCUCCGUCGUCCUCCGUCGAUGGCGGCUGCGCUUGGUUCCGCUUCCUCUCUCCCUCGAUCUCUCCGCACUGAGGCCUCUCCUGCCAUCGUAUCACGCCGUUCUCCGGCGUCGGCUAAGCUUUGUUCUAGAUCGUUGCAUUCCAAGGCUCUGGUUUCUGUGAGGCCUGCUUCGUUUAACCUUAGGUGCGAGGUUGUUUCCGAGAAUUUUGUUCGGAAAAAUGAGAUUGAUUCCAUGCCUUCUGGCCCUUCUGCUCUCGAGUUGCUUAAGUCUUCCGCGGCUGACAGGUAUACAAAGGAAAGGAGCAGCAUCAUUGUCAUAGGGCUUAACAUUCACACUGCUCCGGUUGAGAUCCGUGAGAAACUUGCAAUACCUGAAGCACAGUGGCCUCAAGUCAUCAGAGAACUCUGUGCUUUAAACCAUAUAGAAGAAGCUGCUGUUCUUAGCACAUGUAACCGAAUGGAGAUUUAUGUGGUAGCACUCUCUCAACACCGUGGUGUUAAAGAAGUGACUGAGUGGAUGUCAAAGCAAAGUGGGGUUCCAUUAGCGGAGCUUUGUGAGCACCGGUUUUUGCUAUACAACAAGGAUGCCACUCAACAUCUGUUUGAAGUAGCGGCGGGGCUUGAUUCUCUUGUGCUUGGGGAAGGUCAAAUUCUUGCUCAGGUAAAACAAGUUGUAAAACUUGGGCAAGGAGUAGCUGGUUUUGAUAGGAAAAUCAGUGGGUUGUUCAAGCAGGCAAUCUCUGUUGGAAAGCGAGUAAGAGCUGAGACAAACAUUUCCUCGGGGUCAGUUUCUGUCAGCUCAGCUGCUGUGGAACUGGCUCUCAUGAAGCUUCCAGAGUCUUCCUUUGCUAAUUCCAGAGUAGUAGUCUUUGGAGCAGGGAAGAUGGGAAAACUUGUGAUCAAACACUUGGUGGCAAAAGGGUGCAAUAGAAUGGUUGUUGUUAACAGAACUGAAGAUAGAGUCAAUGCCAUUAGCCAAGAGCUGCAAGGUGUUGACAUAAUGUACAGACCUCUUUCAGAAACCCUUGCAUGUGCUGCUGAAGGUGAUGUGAUAUUCACAUGCACUGCAUCUGAAUCCCCAUUAUUCUCAAAAGAGAAUGUGCAAAUGCUUCCUCCAGUUGACCAAGGCAUGGGAAGAAGGCUUUUCGUUGACAUAUCUGUUCCUAGGAAUGUGGAACCUGGUGUCUCAGGUCUGGAUACUGCACAACUCUACAAUGUGGAUGACCUUCAGGAAGUAGUUGCAGCUAACAAGGAGGACAGGCUUCAGAAAGCCGCUGAAGCCCGUGAAAUUAUCUUUGAAGAAUUGAACAAGUUUGAAGCUUGGAAAGACUCACUUGAAACUGUUCCCACCAUCAAGAAAUUUAGAGCCUAUGUUGAAAGGAUCAGAGCCUCUGAGAUGGAGAAAUGCUUGUCCAAGAUGGGGGGUGACAUUUCAAAGAAGCAGAAAGAAGCCAUUUAUGACCUCAGUAUGAGCAUAGUGAAGAAGCUGCUUCACGGUCCUAUGCAACACCUGAGGUGUGAUGGAAAUGAUGAUCGUUCACUGAGCGAAGUACUUGAAAAUAUGCGUGCUCUAAACAGAAUGUUUGAUCUUGAGACAGAAGUGUCCUUGUUGGAAGAGAAGAUUAAAGUAAAGAUGGAACGAACUAAGAAGUAGACGGAUUUCUUCUUUUGCACACUUCCACACUUGAUUCAAAUUGGUCGGAACUUGGUGAGAUACUGAGAGAUUUGUUUUCUGGAGGCUUAUUCUUUUAAUUAUGUGUUAUACCA